GGAAUUUCUGCGUCUCAGUUCCUCCCUAGUGGCGUCGCGAGCAAGGUCUUCCUCAGAGCAGAGGCCAGGCAGUCUUGAGCUGGCUGAUUCCCUGUCGUGCGCCGCCGCCCUUCCGCCGUCUGUCUCGAGGGGCUGCUUCUUCCGGGUCGCCGCCCGCGCUCCUCCUCGGAGAGUCAUGUUAAGCUUGCUGUCCAGGUUCGUGAUCGGCAGCGAGUGCGAGGAGAGAGAGAGAGAGAGCCGCGACAGCUGCGCCUCCUCCAGCGGCCCCGAGGACACCGACGAGGAGCUCCUGAGCCCGCCCAUGCCCGUGAUCAACAUCGACCCGACGGAGCUCGCGGAGGAGGCCAUCGACGCGCAGCGGAGGGCGCGCGACACCAAAGGAGACAACUCGGACUCCCUGGAGGACUUCAGCAAUGACUCGGCAAUCGAGAGGGAGGCGGAGCCGCUGCCGCCGCUCGCGCUCCCCGGCAAGGACGUGUGUCGGUGCAUCGUGGAGCUGGUCGAGUACUACCUCAGCGACGAGAACCUGGUGAAGGACAUGUUCCUCCUGAAGCACGUGACCAAGCACCGCGAGGGCUACGUGUCCCUCAAGCUGCUCGCCAGCUACAAGAAGGUCAAGCGCCUCACCAAGGACUGGCGCGUCGUGGCGCACGCCCUCAGGUCGUCCGACGCGCUCGAGAUGAACCCAGACGAGACGAAGGCUCGCCGCCGCCACGGCCUGCCGCAGGAGCUCGAGGAGGACACGCGCCCCUUCAGGACCAUCGUCGCCACGCACAUCCCCAAGGAGCUCGCCAACAUGAACAACAUCGCCGAGUACUUCGCCAAGUUCGGCGAAAUGAUCUCGCUGCAGGUCCACAAGCCGGGCGGGCGCACGCUGGACGAGGUGCGCCUGGUGGAGCGCCUCCACCCGGGCUCCGCCGCCACUGUCUGCGCCCUGGUCGAGUACGAGAAGGUGCACUGCGCCCGCCACGCCCUGCGGACCAUCGUCAACAGCGCCGAGGGCGAGAUGAGGGCGGUGGAGAUGCCCCGCAAGAAGCGCGAGAUGGGCUCCCUGCUGGGCAUCAAGUCGCAGAUGGACAACGAGAGCUGCUACUUCAGCGCCUCCGACGCGUCCGAGCCCGCGUCGCCCGUGUACCGCGCGCGCCACGUGCGCCUCAUGUCGCCGUCGUCGUCGCUCGCGUCCUCGCCCAGCGUGUCGCCCAUCCCGCAGCGGCGCCACGGCGCGGCGCCGUCGCUCUCGCCCGAGUCGUCGCCGCCCUCGCCCUACGGCCGCCGACGGGGCCCGCCCACGCCGUGCUCGUCGCCCGAGGACAGCGCGGCCGCCCGCUUCCUGCUGUCCAGCGACUCCUUCGCCCCCUUCCCCUCGCGCUCCGACGUCCCGAGCUCGCUGCCGCUGCCGCGCCGCCACGUGCCUGCGCGCGCCGUGGCGUCCCCGGAGCCCGCAUGGCGCCGCGGCGUCAACAGCAGCAGCAGCAGCUCGCCCGACGGGUCAGCGACGCCCCUGAGCCCGUGGCUGCGGCGUCGCGUGCUUGCCAGGGCGGGCGACGGGCCCGGCGGCUCGGCGCUCUCGAGCCCGUCGGCGUCGCCCGCCCUGCGGCGGCGCAACGACUCGCCGAUGCCGCUGCCCGACAACGUGGAGCGCAUGCCGAGGGGGCCCGACGGGACGCGCGGCUUCGCUCGCCGCCCGCUGCUCAUCGCACAGGCCUGACCGCCCACGCACGCCCCCGCGCGCCCGCUGCGUUUGGUGCAGGGCCUCGGCCGCAGAGGCAGCCUGGCUGCGCGAAGCCGAACAGACCAAACGCACACCUGAUCACGUGUUAUUAAUCCAACGAUAGGUAGACGUUCCUGGAGCAGCCGUAGCACCAGAGCAAUAUAUUCUAGUCAUGAGGAUGAAUAUCUUAUUUAUGUAAAAAUAAAAUCUCAAUAUUU